UAUAAAUACGACAGAUCUCAAAUGAACUGUCAAGACAUAGAGAAAGUCUCUGUCGCAAAUAUCCAUUCUUUCCAAUAUCAUUAGUUGCACACACACUAAUUUAAUUUAGAGAUAAAACACAUUUAAGACACUACACAAUUCUCCUCCUUCCCUCGUCUCUGUGUGUGUCUGUCUAUAGACAACAAAAUGAGAGAGUUAGCAUCAUGUCUGAGCGAUCACGCAGUGCAGGUCUCGGACACAUCGUGCUCAAGCUACAAAAACAUAAAGCCCUGCAUCAUAUCCGCCCCUUCCAUCCAAAACAGCGUGACAUGUCUCUACAGAAGCACCCUGAAGCAGAUGACGAUGACGCUGACGUGGAGCCGCACCGCCUCCUCCCACGCCCUCACCAUCUCCUUCGACGACGAUCCCUCCGUCACUUUCAAAAUCGCCUCCAAUAAUUCCCGCCUAUUCCGCAAAUCCAAAGGCUCCAAGUCUCUCCACCUCCGCUCCUCCUCCUCCAAAAUCGACCUCUUCUGGGACCUCUCGGCCGCCCGCUACCACCCCGGCCCGGAGCCCCUCGACGGCUUCUACCUCGCCGUGGUCGUCGACUCCGCCCUCGCCCUGCUCCUCGGCGACAAGGCGGCGCCCCACCCUCACCAAUUCGGCGCCAGCGCGGAUAACAAAUUGGCGCUGGUGUCGCGGCAGGAGCACCUGUCCGGGAGCGCGGUGUACUCGACGAGGGCGAGAUUCAGCGAGGGCGGCGGCGCGCACGAUGUGUCCAUCCGGUAUGGGGAGAUGGAGCGGAAUCCGAUUCUGUGGGUGUGCGUGGACAAGAAGACGGUGAUGAAGGUGAGGAAGGUGCAGUGGAAUUUCAGGGGGAAUCACACGAUUUUUGUGGACGGAAUGCUGGUGGAUUUGCUGUGGGAUGUUCAUGACUGGUUCUACAAUCCGGAUUCCGGAUGUGCCGUCUUCAUGUUCAAGCCGAGGUCCACCGGAUUGGAUAGCACUACAUUCUGGAUGCACGACAACGACAAUUCUCCUCCUCAUCAUCGUCGCCAUCUUGAUUUCUCUUUCAUGAUUUGUGCUUGUAAGAACUAAGUCAAUUCAUGUCUAAUUUUGCUUCAUUUCCUUUUUUUUCCCCAAUUGAAACGACUUUAUAAUUAAUUCAUUUGAUUCACGAGUUUAUAUUUUA